AUGUGGAAAAUGCCACAUCAAUGCAAGCAUUCCUUAUUAACAAUCUCUACAUACCCACAUCAUAGAUUGUUCUUCUCUGUAACAUGGAUGCCACCUGAGCAAACAUUUUUUCAAGUUUCAAAGCUCACUUCAUUGAGAAUCCAAAGAUUCAUGAAGAUAACACUAUUAUUUUCUUUUAUACAGGAUAUGGGGGCCAUAUGGUGGUGCUGCAGGAGUAGAAUACAAGUGAUUAUUACAUUGAAACCAUCAUUUCUCAUAAUGAAGAAAGCAAAGAUAGUCAAGGCAUUUCUAUUACCAGCAUUCCAGAUUAUAUGGUCAAUGCCCUCCUUCAUCAGCUAG